CUUGGAUGAGGACUGGAGGACGGCGAUUUGUAACAGUCGAGCUAACGUUAGCUUCCUCCGACUGAGCGCCGUAAUCUCGCCCCCUCUUAAUACUAUGUCCUUUAAACACUGUGUUCCAUCGCUGGUCUUUAUUUGAGUGGGUGAAAUGGGAAAAAAACGGCGUUUAACCGGAUAAAUCGUGAGGUCGACGGACGCGCAGCUCCACUGUGUAUAUGGUUUACAUUUCUGGAUAAAGGAGUGACUAUGAAUGGAGGAUAAAUGUUGCCAAAGGCUGACAGCAGCAGUUUCGUCCUCUUCUCUCUGCUCUUUGGCCUCACAUUAGCGGACCCACCACGGCCAGAGCAACGCUGCAGUCCCGGGCAGUUCGCCUGCCGCAGCGGGAAGAUGCAAUGUAUCCCCAUGUCCUGGCAGUGCGAUGGCUGGACGGCGUGUGAGGACCAGAGCGAUGAGAUGGACUGCCCUCCAAUAAAGGAAGAACGGUUUCGUUUCGGCCAAGGGUACGACCAGGUGGAUGAUGUCAUGGGCGUGGCUCAGCCUGUGCGCUUCAACAAGAAAUGCCCCAGCGGGUGGCACCACUACGAGAAGACAGCCAGCUGCUACAAAGUGUACCAGCACAGCGAAAACUACUGGCAGGCUGUGGACACGUGUCAGAAAGUCAACGGCUCGCUGGCUACCUUUGUCACAGACGAGGAGCUUCAGUUCAUCCUGAAGAUCGAAGUGGACUUUGAGGACCAAGAAUGUGAACGCAGAGACCAGUGCAAGUUCUGGGUAGGAUACCAGUAUGUGAUAACCAAUCAGAACCACUCCCUGAAGGGCCGCUGGGAGGUUGCUUAUAAAGGACCUAUGCAGGUGUUUCUGCCACCUGAGGGUCUCGCCAAUUUGGGCGAAGCGUCGCUCAGCCAGGACAACGUCUUCUGCGCCCAGCUGCAGCGGUUCCAGCUCAAGGGCAUGAACGAGCGAGGCCUGCACAGUUGGCAUGCUGAAAACUGCUACAAGAAGUUCCCCUUUCUCUGCAAGCGCAGGCAAACCUGUGUGGACAUCAAAGACAACGUGGUGAACGAGGGCUACUACUUCACACCAAAGGGCGACGACCCGUGCCUGAGCUGCACGUGUCACGACGGCGAGCCUGAGAUGUGCGUGGCUGCACUGUGUGAGCGGCCGCAGGGGUGCCAGCACUUCCGCAAGGAUCCGAAGGAGUGCUGCAAGUUCACCUGCCUGGAUCCAGAUGGAAACAGUCUGUUUGACUCCAUGGCCAGUGGGAUGAGACUGAUCGUCAGCUGCAUCUCGUCCUUCCUCAUCCUCUCACUGCUUCUCUUCAUGGUACACAGGCUGAGACAGCGGCGGCGGGAACGUAUCGAGACGCUCAUUGGAGGAAACUUGCACCACUUCAACCUGGGAAGACGUGUCCCAGGCUUCGACUACGGCCAUGACGCGUUCGGGACAGGCCUCACUCCCCUGCAUCUGUCUGACGAUGGCGAGGGUGGCGCUUUCCACUUCCAGGAGCCUCCUCCGCCCUACGUGGCCUACAAGUAUCCAGACAUCCAGCACCCGGACGACCCACCUCCUCCAUACGAGGCCUCCAUCAACCCAGACAGCCUCCUUUACGUGGACCUCGGACACGGCGGCAUCGCUAUGAUGCCAAGCCACAUGAGUGUAAUGGUGGACGGACUCCAGGUCGCCGAUGCACCCGGUGCCCCGGUUGUCCCUAUGCCGGACUCCCUGCCACCCUCCACCCAGGAGAGGGAGGACUCCAUUGACAGCAGCACCCUCCUGGUGGGGCCUGACACCCCGACGGAUGGCUCCGCACCGCCCGACUCCGUUUCGUCCCUCAGCACGGUAGUAUAAGACUACACGAGAAGAGGCAAAUAAAGGAGUUGUACAGACAUACUAGAGCAAAGAGGACUGUUGGUGUACAGAAAAGAACACUAAUGGAAGGCUGGGCAGCCUGCUUUUAUACUGAUUGGUCAGGAGGCCCACAUGUAAAUAAGCCAGGGGCGGCGUGUCUUAUCCCGUGAAAGGAUGCACAGUAAUGACAGCCCGCGCUCUCUUUUCCCAUCAUGCUCUGCUUUUGAGUGAGAGCAGCAUCGCUAACGUCUCUCUUUCUUACAAGGUAAUUGACUGCUAAGUAUGUGGCUCUGUCCCCACAUGAAAGGGUUUGAUAAUGCAACGUUUUUAUUUUUCCUUUUCACACACACACAGAUGGUGAUGUUUAUGGUACUGAUUUUGUUUUCUUUGGUUAGAAGCCUGAACUCGGCAUGAAUUACGUGUUGCAGUGAUGAAUGAGCAAGAUCCUUUUUGUUGAAUGAUUUCCAUCAUUUUCAAUCAUGAUGUUACUUUAGCGCCCCCCUGUGGAUGGUUUGCUGAACCAUGUUUAGUGCACACUGAUCCUCUUUUCUUCUUGGUGGGAAAACUAACAUUAUCUUCAUCCUGGUUAGAAAAGCAUAACGAGUUAGACCCCCGAACUCCCACCCCCACCCCUUCAUGACGACAAUCGUUCCACCUGCCAAUCAUCUCCCCCUUAUUUUAAUGAUUAAUGCUUAUUUCUCCUCAUUGUUUUGGCUUUGACAAUCCCUAGUCAGACCCUCCAGAGAAUAGUGCAUGUGGUUGAGAUGGUGGUUUUUUUUCAUUGUUUGUUUGGUUGUCUGCAGUGCAUGUAUUUUUUAAAAAUAUUUUGCAUGCAUGCUGAGACAUUUUUCUUUCUUUUUGGUGGAUACAGUGUUUUCUGUACAGUGUCUUUUUUUGUUUGUUUUUUUUUCUAA